AUGCUCUCCGAGCUUUUACGGGCAAGCUCUUCAAAGCCGCCGAAUCAACUUAAGAAGAUCCAUGGGCUUGUUCUAACGACAGGUUUCUCUGUCAAAAACAGCCUCUUAACUCAGAUGUUAGAGAAUCUUGUGCUUGUCGGCGACAUGUGUUACGCCCGCCAAGUGUUCGACGAAAUGCACAAGCCAAGAAUCUUCCUUUGGAACACUCUUUUCAAAGGGUACGUUAAAAACCAGCUCCCAUUUGAAACUGUCCUACUUUAUAAGAAAAUGCGUGAUCUUGGUGUCCGUUCUGAUGAAUUUACUUACCCGUUUGUGGUGAAGGCCAUCUCCGAGAUUGGGGUUUUGCCCUGUGGCUUUGCCCUUCAUGCCCAUGUGAUGAAAAAUGGUUUUGAGUGUCUUGGGAUUGUUGCAACUGAGUUGGUUAUGAUGUAUAUGAAGUUUGGUGAGUUGAGUUCGGCUAAGUUCUUGUUUGAGUCUAUGCAAGUUAGAGAUUUAGUGGCUUGGAAUGCGUUUAUUGCAGUUUGUGUUCAAACAGGGAAUUCAGCUAUGGCUCUUGAGUAUUAUCGCAGAAUGUGUGCGGAUGCAGUUCAAUUUGAUUCUUUUACAGUCGUGAGUAUGCUUUCUGCUUGUGGUCAGCUAGGCUCUUUGGAGAUUGGAAAAGAAAUUUAUGAUCGCGCGAGGAAAGAAGAUAUUGAUUGUAACGUAAUCGUCGAAAAUGCUAAGCUUGAUAUGUACUUGAAGUGUGGUAGCACCGAAGAUGCAAGGGUAUUGUUCGACGAAAUGAAACAAAAGAAUGUAGUUUCGUGGAGCACGAUGAUUGUAGGUUAUGCAAUGAAUGGAGAUAGCAAAGAAGCCUUGGGAUUGUUCGCUAUGAUGCAGAAAGAGGGACUAAGACCAAACUACGUGACAUUUCUCGGGCUCCUAUCUGCUUGUAGCCAUGCUGGAGUAGUGAAUGAGGGGAAAAAAUAUUUCAAUAUGAUGGUUCAAUCGAAUGAUAAGAAUUGUGAGCCGAGAAAAGAGCAUUAUGCAUGUAUGGUUGAUCUAUUAGGACGGUCUGGUCUUCUAGAGGAGGCUUAUGAAUUUAUCGAAAAGAUGCCACUUGAACCAGAUGCUGGUAUCUGGGGAGCCUUGUUGGGUGCUUGUGCGGUUCAUCGUGAUAUGAACUUGGGCCAAAAAGUAGCAGACUUACUUGUGGAAACAGCUCCUGACAUUGGUGCAUACCAAGUACUAAUUUCUAAUAUAUAUGCAGCUGCUGGUAAAUGGGAUUGUGUUGACAAAGUAAGGCGUAAAAUGAGGAAGCUCGGCACUAAAAAGGUUGCAGCUUAUAGUUCUGUUGAAUUUGGCGGAAAAAUCCAUUUUUUCAAUAGAGGAGACAAAUCUCACCCGCAAUCAAGGGCGAUAUAUGAGAAAUUGGAGGAAAUCUUGAAGAAGAUAAGGAACUUGGGGUAUGUUCCAGACACAGGUUCGGUGUUUCAUGAUGUGGAAACAGAGGAAAAAGAAUCUUCUCUCAGUCAUCACAGUGAGAAGCUCGCCAUUGCAUUUGGACUCAUUAAUGCGAGAGCGGAACAUCCUAUACGGGUUAUGAAGAACUUGAGAACCUGUGAUGAUUGCCACGUUUUCGCCAAGUUUGUUUCCAGGCUUACUUCGAGAGACAUCAUCAUGAGAGACAAGAACAGGUUUCACCAUUUCAAAAAUGGUGUUUGCUCUUGCAGAGAUUUCUGGUGA